ACAAAAUAUCCACACAACCUAACAGAUUAUAAAUGAACGUCUCAGAUAUUUUUUCAAAUAAUCCUGUCUUUUUUAUUUUAUUUUAAUUUUUAAAAAGAGAAACAAACAUUUUCCUUUGACUAAAAAUGAUAAACAUUAACAUAUGAUUCAUUUCAUGAACUAUGUCUAAAAUAAAACAUAUGAAUGAAUGAAUUAAUAAACCGUUUCUUUUCUUUUCUUUGCUUCAAUUUCAUCCACUUCUUCUCUCAUACCCACAUUCCCAUUUUAAGCAAAUUUGUGAUCUUUUCUCUAACCCAUUUCUCAAAAUUUCAUCUUUUUCUCUUUUAACAACAAAAAAAAAUAAAAAAAAAUGUCUAUGGCUAUGAGUGCUUGGUGUCUUGGAUUUCAGUUCAGUGCUGUUACUGAUAAUUGUUUGAGAACUUUGGAAAAACCCAUUUUUUGUGUCCCUUUGUUGAAGGCUUCUUCUGGGUUUGUUGCUACUAAGCCAUGUUGCUUUCUUCAUAAAAGAAGAUUGUUAUCUUCAGGAACAAAGAUUAUCCCUCGAGCGGGAGCACCUGUUACUGAUGUGCAGAGUGGAAAUCAAGCUGAGACUGAUACUGAUCCGACCCCAAUAGUCAUAAUUGACCAAGACUCCGAUCCAAAUGCGACUGUUGUGGAGAUAACUUUUGGUGAUCGGCUUGGUGCUCUUCUUGACACAAUGAGUGCACUAAAAAGCUUAGGCCUCAACGUUGUUAAGGCAAAUGUCUUUCUGGAUUCUUCUGGCAAGCACAACAAAUUUUCCAUCACAAAAGCUGAUACUGGCAGGAAAGUGGAAGAUCCAGAGUUGUUAGAGGCAAUUCGUUUGACAAUUAUAAAUAAUCUGAUUCAGUAUCACCCGGAAUCAAGUUCUCAGCUAGCAAUGGGAGCAGCUUUUGGACUACUACCUCCAAAAGAACAGGUUGAUGUGGACAUAGCAACCCACAUAAACAUUUCCGCCGAUGGUCCAGAUCGAAGUUUGUUCUAUGUGGAGACCGCUGAUCGGCCUGGAUUACUUGUUGACCUUGUAAAAAGUAUUACUGACAUUGACAUUGCUGUUGAAUCUGGAGAAUUCGACACUGAGGGGCUUUUGGCUAAGGCAAAGUUUCAUGUUAGCUACAAAGGUAAAGCUAUCAGCAAGCCUCUGCAGCAGGUUCUUAAUAACAGCUUGAGAUAUUUCUUGAGGCGUCCGACAACGGAAGAAUCCAGUUUUUGAAGGGCAUGUCUUUCAAUUUCAACAAACUGCAUGACAUUAUAUUUUUCUUUUGAAGUAUAAUCAUAUCACCAUGGACUGGUCAUUGGUGAAUGUUUGCAUUCAUUGUUUUCAUAUGGAGAAAAAAAUAAAGAAUAAUUGGAAUGCAUUAAAUCAUAAAACUAAAUUAACAUGGA